AUGGCUGCAGAGUGCCGGCUGUGUCCAGAUGGAUGGUUCUGGUUCCAGGAAAAGUGCUACUGGUUCAGCAACGACACCGAGCUGAACUGGGAAGAAAGUCGUCGGUUCUGUCAGAACAGAUCUGCAGAUCUGGUUGUUAUUAAUAAUCCAGAGCAACAGGCUUUCAUCAGUAACCUCAGCAGCAGCUUCUACUGGCUGGGCCUGCAGAACAUCGACAGCAGCUGGGUCUGGAUCGACGGAUGUAGAGACACUUUAGGGUUUUGGAUGAAUGAUGUCAACCCGUUGGGUUCGUUUGCGGAGGUGUUGGCCUGGAGGAAUCUCACCGACAGCUGGCUGCCGACAACAUCUACGACCUUCAGCAAGGUCGUCUGUGAGCAGGAAGCCUUCAGAGUUUCCACUUAAACGGUUUCUGUUCUCCACCAGGAUGUUUACACCAUCUAAACUGAAACAUCAUAGUUUAAAGUUCAAUUGUCUUAUAUGAAGUAUCUUGCCUUUUUUUGGUGGUUUAAAUGACCUCAUCUGCUAAUUAAAGGAAAUAAAUUGGCUAUCGAUCAGUUCAUAAUCAUAUAUAAAUUAUAUUUGCAUUGUUGUUCUUUGAAAAAUAUGUUUUUAC